ACGCCCCAACUUCAUUUCGCCUUUUCGUAUACUUCAGUGCCUUUUGUAGUUCAAUUUAGCUUCGAACUUGAAUAUUCUGUAAUUGGAAAAAGCUCUAAUAAUCUGAGUGAGAGAGAGAGUAUGGCGAUAAUGGAGGAAGAUUCGCCGAAACGGCGUCGUGUUGGGCUGGUAUACGACGACAGAAUGUGCAAACAUGCAGACCCAGAUGAUGACGACCACGAUGAAAAACCCAAUCGCAUUCGCGCCAUUUGGGACAAGCUCAACGCCUCUGGCCUUGCUCAACGGACUGCAUGUAUUGUUUUAAAGGCUAAGGAAGCAAAGGAUAAUCAUUUAGCUCUGGUCCACUCCGCAAAGCACAUUCAAUUGAUUAAGAACAUUAGUUCGAGAAAGAAUUCAACAAUGAAGAGAACUGCCGAAAGAUUUGACUCUAUUUAUUUCAACGAAGGCUCGUCAGAAGCUUCUUCUCUUGCCGCAGGCUCUGUCAUACAGGCUGCAGAAAAAGUUGCUAAAGGAGAACUCGAUUCUGCAUUUGCUAUUGUAAGGCCUCCAGGUCAUCAUGCUGAAGAAGCUGAACCGAUGGGUUUUUGCCUGUACAACAAUAUUGCUAUUGCAGCUAGUUUUCUUUUGAACAGAAGACCAAAGUUGGGUGUCGGCAAAAUAUUGAUUGUGGAUUGGGAUGUACAUCAUGGAAAUGGUACUCAGAAGAUGUUCUACGAAGAUCCCCGAGUACUUACCUUCUCCGUACAUAGGCAUGAUUCUGGGGAAUUCUAUCCAUAUGGUAAUGACGGGUCGUAUAGCAUGAUCGGAGAAGGGGCAGGUGCUGGAUACAAUAUCAAUGUACCUUGGGAAAAUGAUUCGUGCGGAGAUGCUGAUUAUUUUGCCGUGUGGGACCAUAUAUUAAUUCCCGUUGCUAAGAAAUUCAAUCCUGACAUGAUAAUGGUCGCGGCAGGAUUUGACGCAGCCUUAGGCGAUCCUCUUGGAGGCUGUUGUCUUAGUCCGUACGCAUAUUCAGUUAUGCUCCGCAAGUUGAUGGAUAUUUCGAGGGGUAAGAAGAUUGUUUUGGCACUCGAAGGAGGAUAUGAUCCCGUUUCGUUAGCAAAUUCAACUCAAGCUUGUGUCGAAGUAUUACUACAAGACAAGCCUCGUACUAGGUCCUCGGUGGAUCUUCCACUUAAAUCCACAGCACUUGUGAUACGAACAGUACGUCAAGCGUUAAGCAGAUAUUGGCCGGUUCUUGCUUCUGAGUUGACGGACGAAGUAAUCAAUAGCAGUCGCAGACCAUCAUCACAAACUGAGGAUGUAGCGGAUACCUCCACCGCUUGUGUGAAACUGAAUUCAAAAGUUGAACAAGUUCGUAGUGCUGAGAGAAAAAAUGACAAAAAAAGGAACGUAGCAGGUGAGCUCGUGCUUAAGUUCAUGAAAGAGCAAUGCUUGGCCGUCAAACACGGAGAAAAAAACACCUCCUCAUUCGCGGGACCCACAGGGACCAAGCUCCAGCCCCCCAAGGCUCCUGUAGCUGACCCCCAAAAGGGUGGAAGCCCCCCCAAGCGUCCUCGAUGUUCGAGCAAAGAUCCCAAAAAGAUUCUCCAAUGCAUGAGGGAAUCUGCCUUCCAACGAGAUAAAGAAAUCGUUUCAGAGAUGUCACCCGAGGAGCACUGUGCUCAGAUCGCUUAUCACACCGCAAAGCUUUCCGCAAUGGCCACCGCACGCCGUUCCGAUCGAACUCGCGCGCUCGAGGAGGAGCGGCGAAAAGCUGUGGAGGAGGUGGAAUCAUUCAAGGCCAAAUGCUCGUCGCUGGAAGAUGAGGUGGCACGAACUAAGGAAGAGUUGGCAAAAUCCGUCAAGAAAAACGAGAGCGUUCGGGCCAAGAGCUACAACAAAGGGUUCAGUGACCUUGUGCGCUCCACCGAAUUCCGGCAUGUGAUGGAGCUGUACGCUGAGGCCCUUAUGAAUGCAUAUCGCAACUCGACGUUGUUUCUGAGCAAGCUGGCUGAAGUGGCGCGGUUCAACUAUUUAGAAGCCUUUGGCCUCUGUCAGGAGAAGAUUCGCAAGGCUGGUUCGGAUUUAGUGCUGGAUCCGAUAGCGUGCAUGGACAAGCUUACGGUGGAAGAUUUGCCAGCUCAUGACUGGAACGGCAACCCGGACGAGCCGGUGGAUUAUCCGUGGUGGGACGGGAUUUACGAGAAAGUUGUCGAUGAUUAUUUCAAAGAGAAGAAGGCAAGUGGUUCCUAGGAGUAGUAGUUCAAAUGUAAAUGAAAUGAUUUGUCAUAUAUGAUAAAAGACUAUACUAUAUGGCAUUGUUUUGUAAACUUCACUUUUGACGUCUGACUAUUAAUUUAUUAAUUAUGAUAAUAUAUUAGGU